AUGGCGGAGGACGGCGCCGAGGUGCCCCGCGAGCUGACAGAGAGCAUCAAGGACGUCCUCGGCAGGAAGGUCAGGAUCGCCCUGAAGAAGAAGGUCAGGUUGGAAGUGAAAGGGGACAAGUUGGAAAACAAGGUGCUGGUGCUGACGGCCUGCCGGGCCUUCCUGCUCGCAGCGCGGAUCCCCUCCAAGCUUGAGCUGACCUUCAGCUACUUGGACAUUCAGGGUGUCACCUGCAGCAAGCCCGCGCAGAUGGCUGUGGAAACCGAGAAGUACAGCGUGUCCCUGAGGAUGGCCGCACCCGAGGACGUGAGCGAGGUGCUGGCCCACGUGGGCUCCUGCCUGCGGAGGAUCUUUCCUGGCCUGUCUCCCGUGAAAAUCAUGAAGAGGGUGUCCAUGGAGCCGUCGGAGCGGCUGGCCAGCCUGCAGGCCGAGUGGGACAGCCAGCCGGCGGCCGAGCAGGGCCCCUGCGGCGGGUUUUCGCAGAUGUAUGCCUGUGUCUGCGACUGGCUGGGCUUCCCAUACAGGGAGGAAGUGCAGUGGGAUGUGGACACGAUCUACCUGACGCAGGACACCCGGGAGCUGAACCUGCAGGACUUCAGUCACCUGGAACACAGGGACCUGAUCCCCAUCAUCGCUGCCCUGGAGUACAACCAGUGGUUCUCCAAGCUGUCCUCCAAGGACCUCAGGCUGUCCUCCGACGUGUGUGAGCAGAUCCUGAGGGUGGUGAGCAGGUCCAGUCGGCUGGAGGAGCUGGUGCUGGAAAACGCUGGGCUGAGGAUAGAGUUUGCACAGAAACUGGCCAGUGCGCUCGCACACAACCCCGGCUCAGGACUGCACACCAUCAACCUCGCUGGCAACGCGCUGGAGGACCGAGGUGUGGCCUCUUUAAGUGUUCAAUUUGCCAAACUCCCAAAGGGAUUAAAGCAUUUAAAUUUAUCUAAAACCUCAUUGUCACCUAAAGGGGUGAACUGCCUUUCUCAGUCACUCAGUGCCAACCCGCUGACCACCACCACCCUCACGCACCUGGACCUCUCAGGGAACAGCCUUCGCGGAGACGACCUCUCGCCCAUGUACAGCUUUCUAGCCCAGCCCAACGCCCUCACGCACCUGGAUCUCUCCAGCACCGAGUGCGCCCUGGACAUGGUCUGCGCGGCGCUGCUCCGAGGCUGCCUGCAGUACCUGGCCGUGCUCAACCUCUCCCGGACCGUCUUCUCUCACCGGAAAGGCAAAGAGGUGCCGCCCUCCUUCCGGCAAUUUUUCAGCAGCUCCCUGGCGCUGACGCACAUCAACCUCUCGGGCACCAAGCUGGCGCCCGAGCCCUUAAAGGCGCUGCUGCUCAGCCUGAACAGCAACCGCAACCUGAAGGCGGUCUCCCUCGACCUCAGCAGCUGCGAGCUGAGGUCAGGGGGUGCACAGGUGUUGGAGGGCUGCAUCGCCGAGAUCCACAACGUCACCAGCUUGGACAUCUCUGACAACGGCUUGGAGUCCGACCUCUCCACCUUGAUCGUGUGGCUAAGCAGGAACAGGUCCAUCCAGCACCUGGCCUUGGGCAAGAACUUCACCAACAUGAAACCCAAGAACCUGACGCCCGUGCUGGACAGCCUGGUGCAGAUGAUCCAGGACGAGGAGUCGCCUCUGCAGUCCCUGUCCCUGGCCGACUCCAAGCUCAAGACUGAGGUCACCAUCAUCAUCAACGCCCUGGGCAGCAACACGUCCCUUACCAAAGUGGACAUCAGCGGUAACGCCAUGGGCGACAUGGGCGCCAAGAUGCUGGCCAAAGCGCUGCAGAUCAACACCAAGCUCAGGACGGUGAUCUGGGACAAGAACAACAUCUCUGCUCAAGGCUUCCAGGACAUAGCCGUGGCCAUGGAGAAGAACUACACGCUGCGGUUCAUGCCGAUCCCCAUGUACGACGCCGCCCAAGCCCUCAAGACGAACCCGGAGAAGACGGAGGAGGCUCUGCAGAAGAUAGAAAACUACCUGCUCCGGAACCACGAGACCAGGAAGUACCUGCAGGAGCAGGCCUACCGCCUCCAGCAGGGCAUCGUCACCAGCACCACCCAGCAGAUGAUCGACAGGAUGUGCGUGAAGGUGCAAGAUCACCUCAACUCCCUGCGGAACUGCGGGGGCGAUGCCGUGCAGGAGGACGUGCGGUCGGCCGAGCGGCUCAUGCGGGACGCCAAGAACUCCAAGACGCUGCUGCCAAACCUGUACCACGUGGGCAGCGCGUCCUGGGCGGGAGCCAGCGGCCUGUCCAGUCCCGUGCAGGAGACGCUGGAGUCCAUGGCCGGGGAGGUCACCAGGGUUGUCGACGAGCAACUAAAGGCCCUGCUGGAGUCCAUGGUGGACGCGGCCGAGAGCCUGUGCCCCCACGUGAUGAAGAAGGCCCACGUCCGGCAGGACCUGAUCCUCGCCGGCUCCGAGAAGCUCUCCGUGCCCCGCGCCUUCGUGAAGAACGUGCUGCUGGAGCAGUCGGGCGUGGACAUCCUCAACAAGAUCAGCGAGGUGAGGCUGACCGUGGCCUCCUUCCUGUCCGACCGGAUCGUGGAUGAGCUCCUGGAUGCCCUGUCGCAUUGCCAUCACCGCCUGUCUGACCACUUCAGCCGGAGGGGCCGGGCCCUUCCUGCCUCCGAGGCCUCGGACGCGAAGCCCGCGGGCGAGAAGCCGGCCCGGCCCCCGGUCCUCGUGGUGGAGGAGCUGACGGAGCUGGAGCGCCUGGAGGACCUGGACACCUGCCUGAUGACCCCUAAGUCCAAGAGGAAGACGAUCCACAGCCGGAUGCUGCGGCCGGUGUCCCGGGCCUUCGAAAUGGAGUUCGACCUGGACAAGGCCCUGGAGGAGGUGCCCAUCCACGUGGAGGACCCGCCCCUCCCCUUCCCGCCCCGCCCCGCCGAGAAGCGGAGCUCCGGCCUCAUCCCCGAGCUGCCCUCCGAGGAGGCCCGGAAGCUGGAGCACUUCACCAAGCUGCGGCCCCGGCGCAACAAGAGGCAGCGGCCCACGCAGGCGGCGGUCAGUGCUGCGACCAUGGUCCCGCAGGACGGCGAGCGGAACGGCCUCAUGGGGAGAGUGGACGAAGGCGUGGACGAGUUUUUCACCAAGAAGGUGACCAGGAGGAGGUCAUCGGCCAGAGGCCCCGAGGCCCAGGACCUCGGCGACGGGGGUGAUGAGAAGAAGAAGAGAGAAUCUCGGAGGAGCGGCUUCCUCAACCUAAUCAAGCCCCGGCCCAAGGCCGAGCGGCCACCCACGGUCUUGAUGGCGGACGAGCCGUCCUCGCCCAAAGGUCCAGUGGACACGCCCCGGCGGGAAGCGAGGCCGGCCGAGCACAACGGCAGCUCCGAGCAGACAGAGGAGGCGCAGACGCCCGAGCCCCCGGAGGACGGGGAGGACGCGGGGCGGCCGGAGCCCGGCGACGGCAGGGGCAGCCCCCAGGGCGGCCGGCGGUACGGCGUCCAGGUGAUGGGCAGCGGCCUGCUGGCUGAGAUGAAGGCCAAGCAGGGGCGGCGAGCGGCCGGCGCGCACAAGAAGCUCGGGAACGAUGCAGCCUCCCAGGACCCACCCAGCCCGGCCACAAGCACCAGCACGGAGCAGCCGGACGGAGGCGGUGCAGGGCCGAAGCUGCCCCCCGCGCUCCCGGGCUCCCCGGGGAGGAGCGCCAGGGCGGAGCCCCGGGUGGACGCCGGCCUCCGGGGCCGGAGCGCCUCCAGCACCAAGCCCGCCCUGCAGUCGCCCAAGCCCAGCCCGGCGGCGCGGCCCGCCCUCCCGCAGAGGCCCCGGGCGCCCUCGCGGGCAGAGGACGCCUCGGACUCCCCGUCCGGCCUCGGCUCCCCCAGGGCCGCUCUGCUCCCGCCCGUCCUGAGGAAGGUGCCCGCGGACAAGGAGAGGGAAGGCCAGGGCAGCCCCCAGCCCAGCCCCAGCCCCAGGACGUUCUCCCAGGAAGUUUGGAGGAGAAGCUGGGGCCCGCAGCCCCAGGAGUUCCAGGACCAGAAGCCGUGGUCCCCCAGCAAGGACGGCCGGCAGGGCAGCAAGUCCAGCGACUCGGGGGAGGAUGCCGAGAAGGAGUUCAUCUUCGUGUGA